AUGGCUACAAUAUCUAACUUAGUUUUGACAGUUUGUCUAGUCAUUACAGGUCUUACAGUGUCACAGAUAAGUGUUAAUGCAAGCGAUAAGCAGGACUCCAGUUGGGUGGGAAGAGAAGGACGUUGCCAAGGAUCCAUAGCAAAGUGUAUGACUAAAGAUGAAUUUGUAUUGGAUAAUGAGAUCAACCAUCGUCUGUUGACUACAACAGCAAAUAGCAUAAGUUAUGGAGCGCUGGAACGAAAUACCGUGCCGUGUUCUAGGAGGGGUGCUUCCUACAAUAAUUGUCAAUCUGGUGUGGAGAUUAACCCCUACAACCGUGGCUGCACCAAGGAAAUGCGUUGCCGUAAUUAA